AUGGCGCUCGCGUCCACCUCCGCCACCGCGCCCGCUGCCGUGCUCAAGACCCCGUCGUUCCUCGGGGCCAGGCGCGCGCUCGCCAAUGCCGCCGCCGCCAAGCCCGCGCCGCGCCGCGCGCUCGUUGUCGUCGCCGCGGUCGCCCCCAAGAAGUCGUGGAUCCCCGCCUUCAAGAGCGACGCCGAGUUCAUCAACCCGCCCUGGCUCGACGGCUCGCUCCCCGGCGACUUCGGGUUCGACCCGCUGGGUCUGGGCAAGGACCCGGCGUUCCUCAAGUGGUACCGGGAGGCGGAGCUGAUCCACGGGCGGUGGGCGAUGGCGGCCGUGCUGGGCAUCUUCGUGGGGCAGGCGUGGAGCGGCAUCCCGUGGUUCGAGGCCGGGGCCGACCCGGGCGCCAUCGCGCCCUUCUCCUUCGGCUCGCUGCUGGGCACGCAGCUGCUGCUCAUCAUGGGGUGGGUGGAGUCCAAGCGGUGGGUGGACUUCUUCAACCCGGACUCGCAGUCCGUCGAGUGGGCCACGCCCUGGUCCCGCACCGCCGAGAACUUCGCCAACUUCACCGGCGAGCAAGGGUACCCCGGCGGCAAGUUCUUCGACCCUCUCGGCCUCGCCGGCACCGUCAAGGACGGCGUCUACAUCCCCGACGUGGACAAGCUCGAGCGGCUCAAGCUCGCCGAGAUCAAGCACGCCCGCCUCGCCAUGCUCGCCAUGCUCAUCUUCUACUUUGAGGCCGGACAGGGCAAGACGCCGCUCGGCGCGCUCGGCCUAUGA